AAUCUGACCGGUCUAAUUCGUAAAUCUUUGGGUCGGACCGGUUCGACCAGAACAUUUUGACCGAUCUUUUGAUGUGGAUAGUCCAAAGACAAAAAACGAUUCCGUAUUUAACGUGACAUGACAUGGUUCAUUUCUCACGGAACAAGCCCCGACAAAAAACACACUCGACGAAGCUUAUCACUUGUAAGUUCGACCACAGCCAUAGGAAGCCAUUGACCAUGAAAAUGGAGCUUGUCUUCGUACCUUCGCCGGGAGCAGGUCAUCUCAAGUCAACGGUGGAGAUGGCGAAGCUCCUCGUUGACCGCCACGGCAGUCUCUCCGUCACCGUCGUCAUCAUCCCUUCCAUCUUCGGCGGCAGCACCUCCAAUUCCUACAUCGCCUCCCUCUCCGCCGUGUCCGAAGACCGUCUCCGGUACGACGUCCUCUCCGUCGACGACCAAUUGAAUUCCCCCUCCGACCCCAGGCCGAAUUUAGUGACCUUCAUCGAGAACCAGAAACCGAAGGUAAGAGCCGCAGUGGCCAAACUCGCCGACUCCACCCGCCCCGACAAGCCUCGACUCGCUGGGUUCGUCGUGGACAUGUUCUGCACGGCGAUGAUCGACGUCGCGGACGAGUUCGGCGUCCCGAGUUACAUGUUCUACACGUCCAACGCUGGAUUCCUCGGGCUGAGCCUUCACAUUCAGCGUCUAUACGACGAGGGCAAAUACAACGUCGACGAGUUGAAUGACUCGGUUGUCGAGCUCGACGUGCCGAGUCUGACUCGCCCGUUCCCGGUGAGCUGCCUGCCUUCGGUUAUGUUACGCAAUGACUGGCUCCCGCUUCUUCUAGGUCAAACCAGAAGAUUUCGAGAGACGAAGGGUAUUUUGGUAAAUACCUUCGAGGAGCUCGAACCCCAAGCGAUGAAGUUCCUCGCCAGCGGCGAGACUCCACCGGCUUACGCAGUGGGACCGCUGCUAGACCUCAAAUCCGACAGCGGAGAUUCCGGAGACGAGAAGAAAUCGGAGAUCCUACGAUGGCUCGACAAACAACCGCCUAGAUCUGUAGUGUUCCUCUGCUUCGGGAGCAUGGGAGGUUUUCGAGAGGACCAGGCCAGAGAAAUCGCCGUCGCACUCGAGCAAAGCGGCCAUAGGUUCCUCUGGUCCCUCCGCCGCGCGCCGCCGAAGGGGACGUUUGUACCCCCAGGAGAUUUCACAAACCUCGAUGAGAUUCUGCCGGAGGGGUUCCUGGUUCGGACGGCGGAGAUCGGGAAGAUCAUCGGGUGGGCCCCACAGACAGCGGUGCUGGCGAAUCCGGCGAUCGGAGGGUUUGUGUCGCACUGCGGAUGGAACUCGACGCUGGAGAGCCUCUGGUACGGCGUGCCGACAGCGAUGUGGCCGCUCUACGCGGAGCAACAGUUCAACGCGUUCGAGAUGGUGGAGGAGCUGGGUUUGGCGGUGGAGGUAAGGAAUAGCUUCAGGGGAGAUCUCAUGGAGGCGGAGGCGGAGACGGAGCUCAUGACAGCGGAGGAGAUAGAGAGAGGGAUCAGGUGUGUGAUGGUGCAGGACAGCGACGUGCGGAGGAGGGUGAAGGAGAUGAGAGAUAAGUGCCACGUGGCGCUAAUGGACGGCGGAUCUUCUCAUUCAGCUGUGGGGAAGUUCAUUAGAGACGUGACCGAGAAUCUCUCCUGAGAUAGAGGAAUCUUUUAGCAUAUGCUUUUUAGAUUUCUACGACAGGAAUGUUCACGGAUAUUUACUCGUCGGAAUAAAUGUCUUAAUAUCUAAAAAUAAUACGACAUUGCAAUUUUAAGUAUUUAAAACU